AUGGUUCGCGGCGCUGAGUACGACAACGGAGUCCCCCAGAGCGACAACGCCAUUGAGGCAGGCGCUACCAAGGCACACGGUACUGGUGCUACUGACGCCCCCAUCGAGCGCGUCAACAAGGUCGCCCCCAUGCCCGAAGAGACUGGCUCUCAACGCGAGGUUUACAGCGGCGCCGGCAGUGCUGGCUCGAACAGUGGAAAGGGUGGCCAUGAGCCCAAGACUCUCGGCGAGAACAAAGGCCGUGGCGCUAAGGGUAUGAAAUAA